UAUCUGGUAUUUUCACAAGAAGAAUAAAGCGAUUAUUCUGAUGGCAAAUUCAAUGUACCUAUUCAUUGUCCGAUGGUUUUGCUUUUGGUAACGUAUGAUAAGCCACGAAUUUAUGAAUAAGAAAUUGUCGCACUUGCUACGCUGAAAUCUGAUAUCUCCCAACUCCGAUAAGCCGUGAAAGAACCUUCUCAGCAAAAGUUGAUGGGAAUCGCCGUGUUUUGGAUGUGCCUAUGCGAGAUUUCCUAGAACAUCAGUAGGUAAUCUUUCGAGAGAUCGUGCUGAAAAACGAAAUACACAUGCAGCAGUUCAGUGAUUAUAGUUCAAACCCCUUUUUGAAUUUGUUAUAAUAUCACAUGAACCAUUCCAUUGAUUAGUGUUGUUCUUCUGUUCAUCAUAUAUAAAGUUCGUUCUGGUAUACCGAAAGAGAUAUAGAAUAAUAAUGGAGUUGCCACCGUAUGAAGAAUUUGAAUAUAAGGUUUUCCACUCUGAAAAAACAUUCCCUGUACACUCUUCAGGCUUUCAAACCAAACAGAAUACUAUUGGAUUUAUGAUGCAUAAUUUGGUGCAAACCAGGUCAAUGAUGUCCAGUCAUUCUCCAAAUUCCAAUCGGGAAAUGUUUGAGUUUAAAGAAACUCAUUCCACACCUGCCUCGACUUCCAAGGAAUGUGACAAGAGCGAGAACAUCCUCAAAGGGUCGGCCCUUGUAGACGCCACAGAUAGUGUUCCUGUUCCCAUGAACAAUACAUUUGCUGCACUGCACAACACCAAUAAUUUCAAGUAUAUCGACAGCACUCUUCCCUGUAUCGCUGACAAGGUGCCCUUGGCUGAAAACGAAGAUAUUCCUAACAGUUUAGGAACUUCAGACGAUCAAAAAAAUUCCUCCAAACUCAGUGACGAAACAAAUGAACCCGAUGAUUCUUGGCCCCAAAAAGAUGAUAAAGAGAAUGAAAACGAAGAAGACUUGUGCCUGAAAUGUCUGUAUGUGUCCAUGAAGUGUUGUGAAUGUACAAUUAUGUGAAAUGCAUUCCCAAAAGUUGUGAUAUAGAACUUUAGUGCCUUUAAUGAUCGAACUCGUCACAGAGGUGACGAUAGGAAAAUGCCACGCAACAAACAAGGUGCCAAAUUGACCCCAUUACUUUAUAUCGAAUAUUUAUCCAAAAUGAAACACUCUCUGAAUUUGAUUUGAUUGAAUCUAAUCGAAAAAUGUACAAAAUUAUUUGUAUCUCCUAGUUGGAUAUGUUCUCGAUCACUCGCUAUCAGUAUUAUUCUGAAAAUUAUUCCCAUGGAUUAAAAAUAAUAUAAGAGUGGAAAUCCAAUAUUUCAGCCUAGUUUAAGUAGGUCUUUUUUAUUUGUGCAACAUGAAUUUUUAUUUAGUUCUUCGAUCAUUUUUCGAAUAUUCUUAUUUAUCCAUUUUGAUCAUUAGGUAGUUCUCAUGUUCCACUAAUUAUGAGAACAUUCGGAUUCUCAUAAUAUUGAUAAUCAUUAUAUAUAAGUGAAUAUGGAAAUGUAUUUUGUAAAAUGUUUUUUCGAAGCAGCUCACUUUUUUAUCAUCUGAAUAUAUAUUUUUAUAAAAUUUCAA